UGUUGAUUUUUACUCUUCACUACUUCACCGAAACCGAAGUCUGGCUGGGAAGUGUUGUGAACAAUCUGAAAUAUUCUACCAAAAUUAGUGUAAAAAGUACAUCAAAAUGUCGAAAGUAGUGCGUCGGGAUAUCUCUCCCUUGCUUCAGGAGCUACGGAACUUCCUGCUGGGUAGAAAACAUACGAACGCUCUGCGCUGGGAGGACGGAAUUGCCGCCAGGACUCAACCGCCGCCGAAUUUGCCGGAAGGACCACACCACAAACUAUCUGCCAACCAUUACGUUUUGCGUGAUGCUCGCCGUGAAGUGACGCAUCCGAUUAACUUGUCCUCUCGAGUUUUGCUCGGCGAAAAAGGUUCGGCUAAAAAGCUGCCCACCCCUGGAAAAUCGUAUGCAUGGGAUAAACACUAAAACGGCGCAGGUAGUUCAGUAACAAAUUAUAACUAUUUCUCGUUAUGUAAUGAAUUGAUGCUUUCUUGGCUUCAAUCAUGCUUUGUUGUUAAUUGAUUGAGAAGUGAUAGUAGUAAGCCUCAGAGGCUACAAUCAAUAAACACGAUGCAUUACGAUUCAAA